AUGGCUUCUGGAGAUACAAUAGAAACAAUACAAACGGCUGACUCGAAUUUGGCGACAAAUAUGAAUCACUCCAAGGAGAUUUCAGCAUAUCAUGAGUCUAGGGAUACUGAAGAUAAUGAAGACAAAGAGGACAACUCCAUAGCAUAUAAAAGUUCACAAGAUGUUCGCUCAAAAACCCUUCCAAAUGAGGCCAAACUCAAAAUUGACCGAGACAGAAAAAUCGGUCAUAGAAGAGUCGGAGUUGGAGGCGAAAUUACAUAUAAAAAAAUUCAAACAACUCAAAUUAUGGGCUCGAUACAGUUGGGGAUACAGCAUGCUGUUGGAGGUUUGGCUUCAAAACCUGAGAGAGAUCUUCUGAUGCAAGAUUUCAUGACUGUAGAAACGACAAAUUUUCCACAUGAAGGUUCCAACCACACUCCAGCUCACCAUUUUUCGGAAUUCAAAUUUAAAAAUUAUGCUCCCAUAGCUUUUAGAUAUUUCAGAGAUCUUUUUGGCAUUCAGCCUGACGAUUUUUUGAUGUCUAUGUGUGAUACAAGAUUAAGAGAACUUUCCAAUCCUGGUGCCAGUGGUUCCAUAUUUUAUGUAACUAAUGAUGAUGAAUUUAUUAUUAAGACUGUACAGCAUAAGGAAGGAGAAUUUCUUCAAAAAUUGUUAGCAGGUUAUUAUAUGAACCUGAAUCAGAAUCCUAGGACGUUGUUACCAAAAUUCUUCGGACUCUAUUGUUACCAGUGUAACAGUAAAAAUGUAAGACUGGUUGUUAUGAAUAAUUUAUUGCCAAAUAAUAUUACUAUGCACCACAAGUAUGAUCUUAAAGGAAGUACAUAUAAGAGAAAGGCAUCAAGAGCGGAACGUCAAAAACGUUCGCCCACUUACAAAGAUCUGGAUUUUCUGGAGCACCAUCCAGAAGGCAUUUUUAUGGAAGCAGAUACUUAUAGUGCAUUAGUUAAAACUAUUCAAAGAGAUUGUAGAGUAUUAGAAAGUUUCAAAAUUAUGGAUUACAGUUUAUUGCUAGCUAUACACAAUUUGGACCAGGCACAAAAGGAAAAAGCGGAGAAAAAAUCUCAAACGCAUCUGGAUAAAGUGCCUGAGGACGGAGAAGCCGGAGACAUGAGCUUCGCUAUGCUCCACGAGGAGCGAGAGAGGGAGAAAGAGGACAGGAUGGGCGCGGUGGGGAUCCUCAACCGCAGCAAGUCCAUCAACAGGCAGAGAUUGGUGGCUCAUUCCACUGCUAUGGAGAGCAUUCAGGCGGAGUCUGAGCCCAUAGACGAGGAUGAUGAUACACCGCCUGGAGGAAUUCCAGCCAGAAAUGCCAAAGGAGAGCGUCUGCUAUUGUUUAUUGGUAUAAUAGACAUUUUGCAGAGCUACAGGCUGAAGAAAAAAUUGGAACACACUUGGAAAUCUAUGAUACAUGAUGGUGAUACCGUUUCUGUACAUAGACCUAGUUUUUAUGCCCAGAGAUUCCAGAAGUUUAUGUCUGACACUGUAUUCAAGAAAAUCCCAUCACCAUUGAAACAUUCUCCAUCGAAACGAAAAUCUUUAUCGAGGCCUUUGGGAAGACAUGAAGAAAUGAAUGAAAGAGAAAGCGUGGCGCCGAGUUGCAGCAGCACCCCGCCGCCGACGUACGAGGCCCUGGAGCCGGGCGACGUGCCUCUGGCGGCUUCUCUGCCGAGCCGCGUGCAGCACGUCGGGUCUCAUCCUUCCAGCCAGCAGCACGUGGCGCACCACCACCAUCACAGUGUGAGGGGGGGUUACAGGGAUGACGCGGUCAGCAUAACCGAUAUAAAGUUGGAAUCCAGAUCUGAAAACAAGUCGUCUCUGAGCGUGGAAUCGGGCAGCUCGGGCGCCGGCCACUCCAGCCACUCGAGAGGGCUGGCCUGGACGCCCCCCACGUCGGUGGAGGGCUCCACGCCGACGUGGACUGAAGGUACACCAUCUUUUACCGAAUCGUCAAGUAGUGGAGACAUGGGUUGUCCCACAACACCAUUGAGGCAGGGCCAUUCUUCCACGAAGCCCCAUCACAAGAAAACCGUCGAGCAUGCUAUCAAUUGUCUUUCCACAGAAAUGAACUAUUCAGGUCUGAAUACAGAGUCAUCACGAGCGAGGAAACAUUGA